UACACGGCCUUUGCACACAGUUUGAAAGCGGACAUCUCAAGAACGGACGCUUUUCCCAUGUUGAGGAGUGAGAAAACAGUGUUAAGAUAUCGCUUUUGAGCUAAAAGUGAUCUCAAGUUCAUUGAGUAUCAAGAGUUGGUCGCAAUUUGGAACAGACACCCGGUGUUUCACGAAGUGCUUUCAUCUGCUAAAGGAAAAAAGUCGCAUAAGGAUAUUUGCCAAAAAUCUUUCUUCUUACCCCUUCUUGCGACUGUCUGCCGCUCUCUCUCCUUUUACUAACAGCAUCCUGAGAUUGCGAACACUAACCUGAUUAGGGUAAAAUGGACCCUCUUUUGGGUCACCUAACCCCCUGCAGUCAAAAUGGAACAAUGCAACCAUGCGGGGAGGAAUUACCACAACCACUGAGCAAUACCACCCACCUCAGCAGGAUCUCAACAUAAACGAUGUUUUGGAGGUGAUUCGGCACACUGACCCAGCCACAUUUCACGAAUUUCAAAACCAUCUGACCGUCAUGGCCUCCCAACAAAAAGUCACCAACUCGGAUUUGAACCGCCAAAAGAAGCAAGCCUAUGUGAAGAUCCUCGAGCAACCCGCUUCCAAAGGUCUUCGAUUUCGUUACGAAUGCGAGGGACGAUCGGCUGGAAGCAUCCCGGGAGCUAAUUGUACCAAUGAGAAGAAAACUUUUCCCACCAUUGAGAUUGUAGGCUACACUGGACGAGCCGUGGUUGUGGUGUCUUGUGUGACCGCAGAUCCGCCUUACCGACCACACCCGCAUAAUCUGGUCGGAAAGGAGGGAUGCAAGAAAGGCGUUUGCACUUUGGAAAUAUCUCCAGAAACCAUGCAAAUCUCGUUCCAAAGCUUGGGCAUUCAGUGCGUGAAGAAAAAAGAGAUCGAAGAAGCCCUGACUCUUCGACAACAAAUCCGUGUGGACCCAUUUCAAACCGGAUUUAGUCAUAAGGACAAUGCUCAGAGUCUGGAUUUGAAUUGUGUCCGACUUUGCUUCCAAGUGUUUUUGGAAGGUAGCGAGAAAGGAGCUUUCACAUUCGCUCUCAAGCCUGUUGUGUCGGAUCCCAUUUUCGACAAGAAGGCCAAGAAUGAUCUGACCAUCUGCCGAAUGACAGAAUACUCUGCAUCUGUGGCUGGCGGCAAAGAGAUGCUCCUGUUUUGUGACAAAGUCAUCAAGGAUGACAUUCAAGUCAGAUUUUAUCAGGAAAUGAAUGGACAGCUCGUGUGGGAAGGACUUGGUGAUUUCCAGCCUUGUGAUGUCCAUAAACAGUUCGGUAUCGCUUUCAAAACCCCUCGAUACAAGGAUCUCGAGAUUGAGCAAUCCGUAAAGGUCAAAAUUCACCUUCGGCGACCUUCAGACGGAGCAGUCUCGGAAUCGAGAAAUUUCGAGUUUCUUCCCUUGGAUUCUGGUCGCAGUUUCUGGGCUAAUAAAAGACUCAAGACCAACUACAACAUCUUCAAUAGCAUCCUAACUGCAUCCGGUGGAGGCACCAAGAUCAACGAGGUAAUGGCUUCCCAAGAGGAGCUCAAACGCAAGAUCAGAGCUCCCCAUCAAGGGGCAGCCUCAUCAAUGGCCAUUGUCACAACCACUCAGAGCUUGGAUCCUUCUACCAUGACCUCGUCAUUUCCUCCCCCGCCAGCUUCAGCUCGCAAUUACCACACUCUUUCCAUGGUGCCGCACUCUUCUCUGACUCCGCAACAACAAACUGAAAAUGCUCAAUUACUGGCCGUGGACACGUCCAUGGGUCUCGCUAACACGAACUCUGCAUCUCCUAAUCGACCUCUCUCGCAAAUCUCAGAUGCUUCCACCGCAACAAAUGCCACUGAUGCCACCAAACAAAGCGUGAACGAGAUCCUGAGCUUGGCCGGAGACCAGGAGGACAUUUCUGUUUACUCCAUGAAUCUGAACGACGCUUUAGAGUCUGGCGGGGACAUGUCCUUUUCGGCUUUGAUGAAGAUGGACCAAGCCAAAUUGGAUAACUUGACCGCCAUCCAACCAAACCCCAGACAGCCUGUAACAUCCACUGUAAUGGGCAGCAUGACUUCCGUGGCCACCGUGAGAGAAAAUAAGUCACCCUCCGAAGGGCUCCAACCUAAACCUGACGUGGCAGUUGAGCCAGGGGUUAACCUUGAUGAGACGGUCAUGGACGUUGAUGCUCUCUACGACGAUGUUAUGCAAUGCGUUUAUGAUGACGUGGAUACCAAGUACGACUGUGUUGACUUCUCCGGUGCUCCACCCCAAAUCCCCACUCGACAGAGGAAAAUGAGUGUGGAGGUAGAACUAAUCACUCCCACUAGUCCGGAGAAGCCGCUUCCUGGCACUCCUUCAAAGAUGCCCACCCUCAUAACGAAACUGACGAAGAAAGAUGCCGAUGCAAUCCAAAGGAAGAAAGACCUGGAGGAGCAAAAGAAAAGGGAAAAGGCGGAAAAGGAAGCGGAAAAACAACGGGUCAAGGAAGAGAAAGAAAAACAACGUCAACGGGAAAAGGAAGAAAAGGAGAAAGAAAAGCAAAGAAAAGUUGAAGAGGCUGAAAAGAAAAAGAAAGAAGAGGCCGAGAAGAAAAAGAAGAAAAACACCAAAAAUGAAGAGGAAAAGAAGAAAUUGGACUCUGAAAACGCGAAUACAGCUAAACCAAGUGACAAAGACCCGUCGUCCCCGACCAAGCCGUCGUUGUUCCAGCGCAUCUUGAAGAGAUCAAAGUCCCAAGUGGAUUUUUCCAUCGACGCAGAGGGCAACAAAAUUGACGACGGAGAUUCCGCAAACGCAAACCCGCCACCAGUGCCUGCACACCAAUCGACGUUAGAUCUGACCUUAAUGGACAACUUGAAUGACAACUCUAUGGACAGUCUCAACGGGAACAACUCGAUUGAACCCACGGAAGAGGAUCUCACUGAAAUACAAAACUUUUUAGAAUCCGGAAAUCUAGACCAUUUAGACAACAUGGUCAAUGAUUUUGCCAAACAAUAUAUGCCCGACUCCACUCUGGACCCAAGCAAUCCACCAAAAAAUGCAAAUGCUUCCAAAGACACAUCAAUAUCGUAGUGCUAUCCGUUUCCCCUCUAGUAUUUCCUCUUUGAACAUAUUAAAGUGAAUUUAUAAGUGAGCCCUUCAAAAGAAUCAAAUUUAAAAUCGUUUCAAGGAUUUGGAAAUACGUGGGCUCAUCAACAAAAAAACUAACCCACCUAACACUUGUGCAAUAUAUGAUAGAAAUUGAGGUGAAGCUUGAUGAGGUGACCUCAGGAAUGGAAUGCGAAAUAGAGUGACGAUAGUGCUGCGUGUUGAACAAAUGUACCAUAAUACUAUUUUAGCAUCACGUUGUUCUCAAUAAAUCUGUUUUUCAUCGGCAAUGUAAACGUUCUAAAAAAAGUCAUGUGGGACCGGCCGGGAUUAAGAAGAUUUUGUGCCGUCCACGGAACGAACGAAUUUAUCGCUAUGACGUAUUACAUGAAGAAAACACGGUGUAAAAUAAUUGAAGGAUAUAUUUCUUUCCCUUUCUCCGUAAAUUUGGAAAUAUAUUUAUCUAUUCAGUUUUC